UGUAAGUGCCCGGAAUGGGGUUGUAAGGAAAUUAUCGAUCAGGUUCUGUUCCAAGCACAUUGCACUCUUGUCGCUCAGUAAUUCAGACUCAAAAAGCUAAGGGAGAUUCUGCUUCGCCCGGAGUGCACGACCAUCGAAAGUGGAGAUAGGAUAACCGCAGUCUGCAGAUCAAUGCAACGAAGCAUGUAGAUGCGUUAGGAUCUACAACCAACUCUUGUCACGACACAACACGAAUUCGCAGCCCAUUCACAUGUUCGCCCUGUUGGAAUCACCUUUUAGGUGCAAGCCUGCUUCUUGCUGCAAUGGCGGAAUCAGAUGUACCAUGGAAUGGUGUGGUGAAGAAGACCGUAUCUUCGCCUCUCGACAAGGUGUGGGACGUUGAAUCUGAGUUUCUGGAUUUCCCCAACUUGCUCACGCUUGAGCCAGUGGAAAGAGAGAACCGAGUACUGGGAUGCACCAAGAAAGUCACUGACCUUCCCGGCCGGAUGGGGACCGAUGCAGACCAGUGGGCGAAGCAGAAGCUGGUGGUGAUCAACCCAUCGGAACACGUCUUCUCCUAUGAGUCUCUUGAGAACAACACUGGUGUGGACCUCGGCUACUACUCCGCAUUCCAGGCAAAGCAGGAGGAAGAUGGAAAGACUUUGGUGCGGUGGGCUUUUCGAUUCAGCCCGUCCCAAGCUGGUUGUGAUCGGUUUGUGCCCUUCGUUGUGACUGGGACCAAUCUAUACGGCCAGGAACUUGAGAAGCUCGCUGCCACAGCGUCUCCAGCAUCGGUGCUGGUGUUCUGAUGAAUCGAUACAUUGGGAGGUGUGAACUUUGUCCGAAGAAUUUUUGUUUUUCUGCAUUGCACUCUCAGGUGUUCUUACAAUUAUGCUAGAUGCUGGAGCAUGGGCCAUGUGAAGAUUACCACAGACGACGGAAAAGGAAUCCGUGCAGUAAGUGAAAAGUUCGAGACUAACUGAUCGUAGAUCAAGAGUAGACUCUUACAGGUGUUAAAUUUGCUGAAAAAAAAUUCAGGAUAGGAUUUUACGAUGUCAUUGUACGAGGUGCAGGACAUCUUUCCCCGCAUCUUAGUCUGGAAAUUACCAGAUCUUUUCAGUGCUGGCGUGCUGAUAUAGGAGGUGCAGUGUAUUUUCCUCAAUGGCGUGCCGAUUGUGCUUUGUGGAGGAAAACAAAGUUAUUUUCUAAAAAAUUCCUAUCAAUUAGUUCAUUAGUACUUGGCA